AUGGCCGCCGAAUUCGAUGCCUCCAAGCUGACGGCCGAGCAACUGCCCGAACUCCUCAAAAAUGACCUCGCAGUCAAGGUCGCGGGCAUCGAUGUCGACGGCGUCUUGCGCGGAAAGCUCAUGGCCAAGAAAAAGUUCCUCAGCAUAGCCAACGAGGGCUUCGGAUUCUGCAGCGUCAUCUUCGGAUGGGACAUGCACGACCAGACAUACUUCAAGGAGCUGGCCAUCUCCAACAAGGAGAACGGAUACCGCGACUUGCUCGCCAUUCCCGACCUGACGUCCUUCCGGAGGAUACCAUGGGAGGACAACGUGCCUUUCUUCCUCAUCAGUUUCCACGACCCGGACACCAAGGGCACCCUCAGCGCAUGCCCAAGGAGUCUGUUGAAACGCGCCGUGGACAAGCUGAAGGAGAACGGUUAUGGCGCUAUGGCUGGUGCCGAGUACGAGUUCUACCAAUUCCGCGCGCCCCAGAGCCACGAUGGCUCAGAGAGGAACACGUCGAGCACCGCCGCCUUCUUGCGCGACAACCCCGUCAACUCGCUCCCAAGUCUUACCGAAGGCAUGUUCGGAUACAGCAUCACGCGGCCUGUUCACAACCAGGAGUACUACUACGGCAUCUUCAACACAUGCGCCCAGUUUGGUUGUGGGAUUGAGGGAUGGCAUACUGAGUCCGGCCCAGGCGUCUUUGAAGCGGCUCUCGAAUUUGGCGAGAUCCAGCAAAUGGCGGACAAAGCGUCCCUCUUCAAACUCGUCGUCAAAUCUCUCGGGUCGAAGUACGGCAUAACACCAUGCUUCAUGGCAAAGCCGCGCGAAGGCCUCCCAGGAAACAGCGGUCACAUGCACGUUUCCAUCGUGGACAAAGAAAACAAGAACCUCUUCUACCGAGGUGAAGAGGACAAGAAUGCGCCAUACUCAGACAUCGCGUACCUUUCGGACCUUGGUCGGCAUUUCCUCGCUGGUUUGAUCGACGGUCUCCCCGACAUCAUGCCUAUUCUCGCACCCAAUGUCAACAGCUACAAACGGCUGGUAGAGAACUUCUGGGCACCCGUCACCGUAUCAUGGGGUCUCGAACAUCGCGCAGCAUCCAUCCGCCUCAUCUCUCCUCCUACCUCUUCUGGUAAGGCAACACGCUUCGAAGUGCGCGUGCCAGGCGCAGAUACAAACCCGCACUUCGUUCUCGCUGCCAUUCUAGCUCUCGGCUGGCGAGGUAUUGAGAAGAAGAUGGAGAUCAGCAUACCGCCUCUAGGCAAGGGCGAAGAUGUUGGCGGAGAGGCGGAUAAGGGCGAGCGCCUCGCCAAGAGCCUGAAGGAGGCCACAGAGCGGUUCAUGAGGAAAGAAAGUGUCGCGAGAGAGGUAUUCGGCGAUCAAUUUGUGGACCACUUUGGCGGCACCAGGCAACAUGAGAUUAGGCUAUGGGAUGAAGCCGUGACUGACUGGGAAGUCAGAAGGUAUAUCGAGACGGUAUAA